AUGGCUGCUCCCUUCCGUCGCCAACCAGGUCUUGGAGGGGGCUCAACGAAGAAGAAACUUGCAUUCUGGGCCUUUCUGGCUGCUUUGACAGCUGCCCAGUACUCCAGUCACGAUACUGUCAACGACCGGAUACCAGAUCCCACCUCUCGAGAAAAUCGGAUCCAACGAAGCGCAACUCCCCUCUCGGCCGGCCGCAGUCCUACUGAGAGUGCUCUUCACAAGCUUGAUACAACAUAUGCAAAAUACAGAAAUACCCAUACAUCAGACAAUGAUGAUUUCAUGUCUGCCUUGGCUCCGGCUCGCAUUGACGAUGUCGUAAGAGCACCCCCUGCGAGAAAUGGCCAGCCCUCAGGGCUGUCCUCGCUGCCCGCGGCGCGAUCUUUGCAGGACUGGGAGGUGGAGGACUUCAUCCUUGUAGCUACUAUUGACGGCAGCUUACAUGCCCUCGACCGCAGGAAUGGAAGGGAAAGAUGGGCCUUGGGCAAUCCAGACAGUCCCAUGAUCGAAACUAUUCACCAUCGUGCCAAUCGAUCCGACAAUAAUGAUCUGGAUUCCGAUGAUGAGUUCAUGUUUAUCGUCGAGCCAAGUCUUGACGGCAACCUCUACAUUCAACACAAAGAUCCUGCCAUUGGACUUCAACGUCUGGAUAUGACGGUAAGGUCAUUGGUAGAUCGAAGUCCUCAGCGCACUCGUGACCCACCUCUGGUAUUUGUGGCGCGAAAGGAAGCAUCAAUGUAUACCAUUGACGCUGCAACUGGCAAUGUCAAGGAUUUUAUCGAUACCACAGCCACUUACUUCAAUGAGGAUGCCACAAAGGGUAGUUGUCGAAGGCUGAGUGGUUUUGAGGUCGACGAACAAGAUUGCGAGCCUGCCGGUGUCCUACAUGCUGGCCGCACUACUCACUCCGUUGUCAUUCAGGAUGGCAUUACCCGCCAGAUGAUAUGCACAAUAAAAUAUUCCGAGUGGACGCCAAAUAACGGAGAUAUGGAUCUGCAUGGUCAGUACAACGUACCUUUCGACAACCGAAAGAUCCACGCAUUCCAUGAUGGGCGUUUUAUUGGAUUAGACGUGUCCGGAGACGACCGUAGAACUAAGUUUCAUGGCAAGUUGGACACCCCAGUGGCAAGAGUCUGGGAUAUCGCUCGUCCUAUUGGCCAUUUGACCAGCGAAUCUUCUCUGGUUAUGUUUUCGCCGCCUGCUGACCCAGCACACCUCAACACCAUCCAAUGGGAUGGUGAGCACGGUCAAGAUAAGGUCUUUGUCAACCGCACAGGCGCUGGCUGGUAUGCGAUGUCAGAAUUGCGAUAUCCUGGCAUUACCAGUCAGGCGAAGAAAGCAAAGAUUAAUACCGUCGGCGGCCUGGAAACGAGAUAUCUGGAUUUUGAAGCGGAUUCUGACAGCUUGAUCGGUUACCACGACCUAAAUAUCAUUGGAAAGGGAGACCAGGUACCGCUGACGAUAUCCGGCCCACUUUCUGUCUCGGAACUUACGGUGCCGCCUGAGAAAGAUUUAGACACCUCAUCGCCAUUGACAGUACCUUCAAUCAUAGCCCAUCCCACCUCCACAUACUCUACGGGGAUGUUGGUGGUGAUGACGGUACUUUUUGCAUUUGCCUUUGCCAGGAACUGGAAGACGAACCACACAUCGCUCCAAACCCACAGGAAGCAAGGAUUACAGACCCUGACGGAGAAGCCAUUGCCCGAUCUUCCACGAAGCAGGUCGCAGUCUUUCACCAAUGGUACUUCACUGGCAGCUGUCGGUGAUGUUCAUGUCAGUAUACACACAGGCAACUUGGCAGCGCCUCUUGUUGAGGAGUCUUCAUUAGCUUGCGAACCAGUAGAUCAGCAAAUAGUAAUGAGAGACCUACCGAGCCCGCAGCUUCGACAGAAUUCAGCUGGCCUGCUGGACCAAGGUUCCGAGAGCGAGUCCGAGGACGAAAGCGCGGAGACCAAGAAUGGCGAAAUCACCCCCGGGACGAGAAAGAAGACCAAGCGUGGCAAAAGAGGAGCCAGAAAGGGCAAGAAGGGGCCUAAGAAAUCCAUGAAUCCUGACUCGGUGGAGGAUCUCAUGAUUGUGCCCGAGAGAAUGCAAAAAGACGGAGAAAUGAUUGUUGGACGGCUUCAGAUUGACACCAAGACAUGCUUAGGGAAUGGUAGCUCUGGAACUGUUGUCUUUCCUGGGCAAUUCGACGGUCGAGAAGUGGCAGUCAAGAGAAUCGUUCGAAACACACACAGUCUGGCGGCAAAAGAGAUCAAGCAUCUGCUGUCGAGUGAUGAAAAUCCCCAUGUCAUUCGAUACAUUGGCAAAGAAGAGACAACCAACUUCACUUACAUUGCUCUUGAUCGUUUUACCGCAUCUCUGGACCAGGUCGUCGAACAUCCUGAGAGAUAUCCAACCCUGGUGUGUCCUCCGAAAGGUCUUGAUGUCAAGGACGCCUUGCGUCAAAUCACAGACGGAGUGCAGCAUCUACACUCUCUCAAACUCGUUCAUCGCGACAUCAAGCCCCAGAAUGUCCUUGUGCGAGCAGUAAAAAGCCACCGUCCGGUCAUCGGACAGCCAAAGCUACAAUUCGUCAUCACCGACUUCGGUCUCUGCAAAACGCUUGACGAUGGCCCAAACUCCACCUACGCACCAACAGCCAACCACACCGCAGCAGGGACCUCUGGCUGGCGCGCGCCAGAACUGCUCGUCAACUCCAAAGCCACCGUCGCCGCACCCCUCGCCUCAACCGGCACGGCCUCUACCCGAUCUGCCUCCCAUUCUUCAGACGGGACCACCAUCGACCCCCCCACAGGCCGCCGCGCCACAAAAGCCAUCGACAUCUUUUCUUUGGGCUGCGUCUUUUUCUACAUCAUGACGCAAGGCCGCCACCCCUUCGACGUGGGCGGCGAGUCCCUCGGCCGCGACCUCAACAUCAAAGAGAACCGCUCCGAUCUCGAAGUGCUGAGACUGUACGACUACUCGUAUGAGGCCGACGACCUGAUCAUGCAGAUGCUGAAGCACAAUCCACGCGAGCGACCCGACACCACCGCCAUCCUACUGCACCCCUAUUUCUGGGACGUGGACACCAAACUCGACUUCCUCUGCGAGGUAUCCGAUCGCUUCGAGCACGAAAAACUCACGCCGGGCUCGCCGCACCUGGCGGCGCUGGAGGCCCAAGCACUGAACGUCAUCGGCCCGAGCAACGACUUCUUGAAGGCGCUACCCAAGAACUUCAUCAACGAGAUGGGCAAGCAGAGGAAAUACACCGGCAGCCGCAUGUUGGAUCUGCUGCGCGUGAUCCGCAACAAGAAGAAUCAUUUCCACGAUCUGCCGGAGAAUGUGCGGGAGAUGAUGAUGGGCGGGACGGCGGAGGGCUAUUUCGGCUUCUGGGGGAGGAGGUUCCCGAGUCUGUUGGUGGUUUGUCAUGCACUUAUUUGGGAGAGGGGCUUGGUUGCCGGGUGGAGGUUGGACAGGUAUUUUUAG